AUGAAGUUGGAUCCUGAGGUGCUGCGGUACAUGACAAAGGAGGAAUUCCGCAUCCUGACGGCUGUGGAGAUGGGCCACAAGAAUCACGAGUUCGUGCCUCUGCCGCUGGUGGAGUCGAUCGCCGCGUUGAAGCGGCAUUCCAUCCGGGAUGUGAUCUCGACGCUGUGCAAAAACAAGUUGCUCUACCGGUCCAACCAAAAGUACGAAGGCUUCAAACUCACCUACCUCGGCUACGACUACCUCGCGCUGCAUGCAUUCGUCAAACGAGGUGCCAUCACCGGGGUCGGCGGCCGCAUGGGUGUCGGAAAGGAAAGCGACAUUCACCUCUGCCGAGACGAAGAGGGACGUGUUUUCGUUCUCAAGUUGCAUCGCCUCGGACGGAUUUCCUUCCGGUCGAUUAAGCGCAACAGAGAUUACCUCCAGCAUCGCCAGCAUGCAAGUUGGCUGUACCUCGCUCGACUCGCUGCACUGAAGGAAUUCUCGUAUUUGAAGGCCUUGCAUGCGCACAAGUUUCCCGUCCCGGAACCCGUUGACGUGAAUCGGCACGCGGUCCUCAUGGAGCACAUUGACGCCAUUCCCUUUCGGGAGGUCCGGGAACUCGCACAUCCCCUCGUCGUUCUCGAGAAGCUGAUGCGACUCAUCGUCCGUCUCGCAAAGGCGGGUCUCAUCCACGGCGAUUUCAACGAGUUCAACUUGCUGAUUGACGACGACGAACACGUCACAGUGAUCGAUCUGCCACAGGUGGUGUCGAUACACCACCCGAAUGCGCGGCUGUACUUUGAACGCGACGUCGACUGCGUCAAGAGACUCUUUGAGCGAAAAUUUUCGAUCGAGGUCACCUGCGCUCCCAGCUUCGACGAUGUGCUUCACGACAUCGCUCAAACUGCGAAGGCGUCCCAGCUAGCGGGGGAAGAGCCCGACGCCGGGGAAGUCACCCUCGGCGAGGUUUUGAAGAAAGAGGAUCUCCGUGCACUCGACGACGCCCUCGAUGUGCUCCGACAACAGCGCGACGAAGAGGAAAACGGAGACGAGGACGAAGAUGAGGAAGACGGAGAUGAAGAAGACGAUGGUGACGAAGAUGAGGAAGACGGAGACUGGAACAGUGGGGCGUCAGGGGAGUCGGCGAACAGCUGCGAGAGAGACCGAAGCGCCUGCCGGAAAGCGGACCGAGAGGCCAGGGACUCUGGAGACGCGUCAGGACAGGAAGAGCGGGACGUGUCGAGUGAAUCCGAAACCGACGGCAAGACCAGAAGGCAAAGGAGCAACCAGCGAGAUCGGCGAAGGCCUGGCGGUCCGGCAAGCGGUUCAUCCUCAGGCGGAAGCGAGGCAGAGUCCUCUGAAACUGACCAGACUGAGGCGACGGACGAACGGUCUUCAGAGGACGAGCAGGAGCCUCAGCAGAUUCCCUGCUACCGCCCUAAACUCCGCAGGCACGAUCCCGCAACCGUUCGCAAGCGCGUCCAGCAAGGCGGGAAGAAGAAGGCGCGGCAAAUGCGGAAUGCCGGCCGAAACAAGAAUCCAGAACGGAUGAAGGCAAAAAUGGAAGCAAAGAGCUACUACUGA